GCAUGCGCAGCUCUGAAAAAGGGCCUCUCCGUGUGGGUAUCCAUUGAGGACUCCAUUGUACAUAUUACAUCUUCUCCCAUCGAGAAAGGAUGGGUAGGGUAAUACGUGGACAGAGGAAGGGAAGAGGGAGUAUAUUCAAAUCACACACUAAGCACAGAAAAGGACCAGCCAGACUGAGGGCUCUUGAUUUUGCCGAGAGAAAAGGAUACAUCAAAGGUAUAGUAAAGGAUAUCAUUCAUGAUCCAGGACGAGGUGCUCCACUUGCUAGAGUGACGUUUAGAGAUGCUUACAAGUAUAGGCAGCAUAAGGAACUGUUUGUUGCAACAGAAGGAAUGUAUACUGGCCAAUUUGUGUACUGUGGAAAGAAAGCUCAAUUAUCAGUUGGUAAUUGUCUUCCAUUGGGAGUGAUGCCUGAGGGUACUGUGGUGUGUCAGGUUGAAGAGAAACCAGGAGAUAGGGGAAAGAUUGCCAAAACAUCAGGUAACUAUGCUACUGUUAUUGCUCAUAAUCCGGACACCAAAAAGACACGUGUUAAACUUCCAUCUGGCUCAAAGAAAACCUUUCUCAGUAACUGUAGAGCUGUAGUGGGGAUUGUUGCAGGAGGGGGCAGAAUAGACAAGCCACUGCUAAAAGCAGGCAGUGCUUACCACAAGUAUAAAGUGAAGAGGAACUGCUGGCCGAGAGUUAGAGGUGUUGCCAUGAACCCUGUGGAGCAUCCCCAUGGAGGUGGUAACCAUCAACAUAUUGGUAAACCCAGUACGGUGAAGAGAGGGACUCCAGCUGGUCGUAAGGUUGGUCUUAUUGCUGCUAGACGCACAGGACGAUUGAGAGGAGGCAAGGCAUCUGGAAACCAGAAGGACGAUUGAAGGACUAAAUGAUGUGUUUCUUUUCUUCUCUUUCUCUCUUGAUUAUAAUUUCAAAAUUAUUUAAAAUAAAUUGUAAAAUUGUUUGUGCCAUAAUA